AUGUAUCUCAAUAAGUGGUCCAAUAUUAGGGACAAUUGGGUUCGUUCAUACAAACAAUUUAAAAGAAAUGAACGAUCUGGAUCUGGUGCAAAUAAAUCCAAAAAAUAUAUAUAUCACGAACAGUUAAGGUUUUUAGAAAAAGUAGUCGACAAAAGACCUACAAUUUCAAGCUUAUCAAAAGAUAAUGAUAUCUUUGAAGAGGAAAAUGACCGCAGUAUAAUUGACGAAUUUUGUGAUGCUGUAGAAAAUGAAAAUACGGCUGAAGAAACUGUUUCGAUCAAAUUCAAUUCGAAAUCCCCGAUGUCUUCAAAAACCACAUUACCAAAAACAAAAAAGAAAAAAACAGAUGAUUUUGAAGACAGAAUCUUAAAUAUUAUAGAAACUCAAGAAACACCACGUGAGCAAAAUGUUAUAAACCCACACAUGUCUUUUUUUGAAAGCAUUUUACCAUCAAUAAAACAUUUUAAUGAAGAUGAGACAUUUGAUUUUCGUAUUGGUGUAAUGAACUUGAUCAAAUCUAUUAAAAAGAGGAAUGUUAUUGGUCAUUCUACACCAAAUCCUCAACCUACAAAUAUUUAUAACACUUCUUGUAUGUCACAAAAUUAUCAAUCCGAAUUUCUUAAUACAAAUGUACACUCGAUCCCAGCUUCGCCUACAGUUAAUUUACAAAAUUAUAUAAGAUCAUUUCAAAGUGCAGCCGCUUCCAGUGAUUCAACUUUUAUUUCGCCAGUACCUUCUGUAUCUACAUCUUAUUCUGACUACAGUGAAACGACAUCAGAAUAUAAUAAUAAUUAA